UCAUUUUGUAGUUACGACAAUACCUCAAAUCUUACGAACUAAUGGAUGAUUCACAAAAAUCGCACAUGCGUGAGGUUUGAAAGAAAAACACACCUUUACUGAAAUCUUCAACCACUGUGUUUAUAGACAAUGGCAGAGAAGGUCGAAAUAACGAGACAACUCUGAAGACAUUCUACAUCCAAGGAAUUCGGAAUUUGAAGGUUGGUGGCUUAAUGGAUCAUAUUCACAAAAAUCGCACAUGCGUGAGGUUUGAAAGAAAAACACACCUUCACUGAAACCUUCAACCACUGUGUUUAUAGACAAUGGCAGAGAAGGUCGAAAUAACGAAGGUACUGGUCACUGGUGCAACAGGAUUUAUUGCGGGACAUGUUAUACGGCAAUUGCAACAGAAUUGCAUCAAUGUACGUGGAACAAUACGAUCAAACAAUGAUGCCAAGGAAAGAGAUCUUCUAGAGAAAUUGUGUAUUGAUCCUUCUAAACCGUUUGAGCUUGUUGAGGCUGAUGUAUUGAACACAGACGAUUGGGAAAGUGCUGUAGAGGGCUGUUCUCAUGUUAUACACUUAGCAAGUCCUACAGAUGGUUUUUGGAAAGAAGAGGAAGGCGAGAUGACAGAACAAGCUGUACAGGGAACUAUUAACAUCCUGAAGGCGUGCAGUACUGCAGGUGUAAAACGUGUCAUCCUGACCAGUUCAGUUUUAGCAGUCUCCAGUUUUAAAAAAUCUUCAACAUACUCAGAAAAAGACUGGACCGAUAUCAAUGAAGGGACGGCUUAUUCUAAAAGUAAGAUUCAGGCAGAAAAGGCAGCUUGGCAGUUCCUCAAAGAUGUCGAAAGUGAUGAAAUUUUCGAGUUGGUCUCCAUAAAUCCUGGAUUUGUUCUAGGACCGUAUUUUACAAAUUCCCCUGGUUGUAGUGUUGCAGUUAUAGCGGAUGUUCUUAUGAAUAAGAAUAGCCGCGUGCCACAUAUUGCACUACCAGUCUGUGACGUCAGAGAUGUAGCAAAAGCUCAUGUGAAUGCAUUGUCAUGUCCAGAAGCUGCACACAAUCGUCAUAUAAUCGUCUCGGAUUUCGUAUUCUGUGAUAAAAUUGGAAAAAUACUGGCAAGCGAGUUCAAGUCGCAAGGUUACAAUCCAACUACAGCUGUUGCGUCACGCCCUUUUCUCAAGUUUUUGUCUUUUUUCGAUUCAUCACUCAGAAACACGACUGCAAGUUGGGGGAUUAAACCUAAUGUGGACACAACAAGGAUGCGUGAGGUACUGAAAAUCACACCAAUAUCUGUUGACAAGACUAUCAUUGACAUGGCAUAUUCGCUUAUACAAAAAGGAUUUCUCCCCGAAAAACUAAAGUUUCGGGCGCCAGAAGACCUACCAGUUAAGGACAAUUGAACGUAGUUUUGGUGAACGUUGUGCUGAUAAAAAUGCAAACUUGUUUACAUAUCAAACGCCUUAGAUUCGGCAACUAUAUCAUAGGUUUAUAGUUUAGAAUCGAAAUUCCUACAUAUUUUGGUUUUUACAGGUAAAAGUAUGGUUACUGCUGAAUUGUAUAAAAAAUAAUAUAUUACCUUUAUAAAAGCUUUUACGUAAAUUUCGAUAUCCGACAUUAUUAUUACUCCAGUUAUAUUAUGCUCUAUAGAGCAACUCAACUGUAAUACGAAUCAUACCGAUAAAGCUGUAGAAAAUUUCCCCUAUCCAUCUUACGUUUUUUUGUGACAUGUAGAGGUUUAUUUAAACGUUUAUGUGAAGUUUCGUAUGUCUGAUAUUGAUUUUUUGACAGUUUAAAUGUUUUUAAAUCAAAAGUUGUUAGUACUUUUUAAUGUACUUUUAUAUCUAUUUACAUAAAUAUUUUAUACUGUAUGUAUUUUAACCUGUUAGUGGCGUUUUUUAUCGCUGUUGGUUAGUACGAAUAAAAUAAAAUAAAAUAAAAUAAAAUGUCCAUAUACGGGCAAAGCACGGAUUUUCACAAGGCUACAUUAAUAUUUUAUAAAUAAUAUAUAGGCCUACAUACAGUACUUGGUUUUUUUGUGAUAGUAAUAUCGUCGCACACAAUAUCAAACACAUGACCAAUGUAGAGGUAUCGUCUGUACAGUUUAUUAGAAUGAAUCACGUACAUUAUUACGUAAUAAUGAACAUUCCCACCUGAAGAUUGAAAAGCGUAUCGUGACGUCAUAUAAAAUGAAUGCUUGGUGUAUUAUUAGCAAAACCUAUAUAAAGCAUACUUAAUUUCGUUGAUUAUACUACAAUACAGCAUGGAGUUAUAUAACGAAAAAAAAUGAUAUCGCUAUCACACAUUAUAUUGAUGCUUUUACUUAUGAUAAACAAUAAGUACUUUUCAUCAAUUCAACAUCUAAAUGAAUAAAUUAAAUACAGAAAUAAUAUCAAUAGGUUUGAAUUUUAUCACACAAAUACCAUCCUUAUUAAUCGACCGCCACGAUUUAAUAUUUCACAAAGAAAUACACACUAUUUAAGGAUGUAGUCAUAUACUAGUGUACGUAAAGUUUUCUAUAAAAUUAUUGAGUGUAAACUAGGCCUUGAAAUGAUACAGUCUUGGAUGAUAAACAGUCGAAUACAAAUAUAUAUACAGUAUUAAUCAUA